AGUUAACAUUUAUUGUUCUGCUUCUUGGCUGGACUACCUCGAGUGGGAUGACAUUGCAUAAGUGAUAUACACCAAGGGAACCACCCGACUCCAGCCGAUUCUCUGCCACCUUGGCGGAAGCAUAAACGGAUAGCCGGGGUUUAUUUAGAAUGACCGCUGGCGUCACAAGCUAGCCAAGUACUCUGUAGGUGUUGUCCCCACCUCUCCUCCCGGCUCAAAGCUGAAAGGACUAUCCUCCCAGGAGCUGCGGCGGAGCGCUCCUCCUCCUCCUCCUCUUCCAUCACCACCACACCACAACCACCAUUUCCUCCUCGCUGGAGAAAAGCGCCGCCUGAAUCUCGCCCAACAGCGACACUCGCCUUUGCCAAAGCCCGGCCGGGCGCGCGCUCGUUGGCUCGAUCGGACUCGCAUUGCACCUCGCAGUUCCAGGAUCUCGGGAGGAACGGACGCAGAGUAAGCAACAAUGAGGAAAUCCCUUGCAACCAGUUGGAUUUUACUUCUCCUUCUCCUGCUCCAGAUGAAUUCCUCUCUUUCCAAGAAGAAGCCUAAACCUGGUGGUGGCCAACGCCCACCUGGUUACCCCCAGCAACAUCCUCCAAACAGACCUAAUUACCCACAAGGUGGUUACCCUCAACCUUAUCCUGGAUAUGGAGGAGGCUAUGGAGGUGGAUAUGGAGGCGGCUAUGGGGGCAGCCAGUAUGGCAAGCCCUGGAAGCCCAAACCAGCCAAGCCCAAAAUGAAGCAUGUGGCAGGAGCAGCUGUGGCUGGAGUGGCAGCAGGCGCACUGGGGGGUUACCUCUUGGGCAGCGCCAUGUCAAACAUGCAGUUUAUGUUUAACAAUCCUUAUGAGCAGCAAUGGUGGCAUCAAAACCGCGACCGCUACUCCGACCAAGUUUACUACCCAAAGUAUGACCAACCAGUUUCAAGGGACGUCUUCGUGAGAGACUGCACGAAUGUCACCGUGACCGAGUACAUUGAGCCCAGUGGGAACAGGACAGCAGAUGACAUGGAGAGAAAGAUGGUGACACAAGUGGUGCACCAGAUGUGCACUGAGCAGUACAGGUUGAUGUCAGGUGUCACUUCGCUGCUUGCCAACCCUUCUGUGCUUGUAAUGGUUACACUGAUCUUGUGUUUCCUGAUACACUGAAUUGUUUUCCUGAAGGUUCUCUCUUGUUGAGCUAGCAAUGUGGAGCAGGGACCUCUAUAAAGCAUUUAUCUAGUGAGAGAAUACAUUCUUGUAUGUGCAAUUUUUAAUGGGUAUGUUUAAGAGUUGUUCUAUCUCUUAAGUAUUCUUGAACAUACUGGCUUCUUCAGAGUACACAUGGUCCCUUCAUAACCACCUGUGAUUACUGUCUUUAGCUGCAAAAAAGUUUUGGGUGGGAAAAGAGGGACAUAAGAACAUUUUAUAACAAACCCUAGCCUGCUAGAAAUCUCACUCCAUUCUCAUAUAUUGACCAAGUCUGCGCUUACACACAAUAUACAUAAGAAUUACCAAGUAAUUUUUGGCCAGCUACCAUUGCAUUGCACCUUGCUAGAAAACCUUUUUUUAAUUUUUAUAUCUAAUGCAGCAAUCAUUUUGUAUUAUCACAUAGUCUGGCUUUCCAAAGGACCAAGAAUAUCUUCACAAGGAAGGGUUUGCGUUUUUUUAAAGGGCUUUGGCAACCAGAGCUGAUCUGCAUGAUAGCCUUGGAGCUCUUGAGUGGCACAUCCACCAUGACUGAUUCACAGAUAGACAUUUUGAAGGCUAUUCCACAUGUAAGAAAAACUUAUUGCCUAUGAAGCACAAUUGCUGCAGUACACAGCCUGUGAUUAAUCUUGCUGAAGGCAAGUAGCCUUGAAACAAAGAUACCAUGGUGGAAAUACUUUAUUGAGAGCAGAAAAUUUUUAAAAAUGUCAGUUUUUGGAAGGUGAAGGAGCAGGUUGAAAUAUUAUUUCUGUUAAGAAAUGAGUUCUAGAAAUCUAAAGUUAUUGAAAAAUAGUAAUUGCCGUAGUGGCACUUCAGACUUCAAGGGUAUGAUGAAAAAUUACUUACAAGUAGACUAAGAAUAUGAAAUAUAUAUUCCAAAGAGAACUUCAAUUUCUCUCCUUUUAAAUGAUAAUUGUUCUGAUUGGGAUAAGCUUAUCAGAAAGCUAAUAUGAAUGAUUCAAUUAACAUUGAGUUACGUAGAAUCCAAUAGAUCCUUGGACCACAAAAUCACUAGGAAUUUGAAGAUUUUAACUCUGGAGAACUUUGGAAUUAACUUCCACUUCCAGUACCAAAGUCACUUUCAUUGGCUUAUUUAGAAAGUCAAAGAAAUAUAAACUGAAAUUUAGAAUUGUCUCUGGAACAACUGGAGAACCUGACAGUGCUACUAAUUCACAGAACAUUUUUGUAUGUGGGAAAAUUACUCAUGCCAUCCAUGCUGAUGUCUCAGUUGGCCCCAAUACUGCUAGUUGGAAUAUAAAACACAGAAUCAUAGGGCUGGAAGGGAUUUAUAGUCCAACCCCUUGCUCAAGGCAGGAGGCCUUAUAUCAUCCCAGUCAAAUGGUUGUCCAGUCUAUUAAGUAAGGAGAGAGUGACCCCCUUUAUCUUCAGCUACAGGCCCGAAUAAGAAAAUUAAUGGAAGAUCUUCUAAUGAACUUUGAUGUUUUGAUGUUAAGCUUGUGAACUGAUUUUGCGGAACUAGGUUUGGCAUUUUGCAUACUGAGGCACUAUGUUAGAAUUAUUCUUUAAACAAGAUUGCUACAAACCCUUUGCUCUUUCCACACCCUGCUUUUGCUUCCUUGUUUUAUUUAUUUCCUUGAAGUUUGGGAUGCAAAAGCUGACAUGGCCUCCACAAGUGUCACAUUUUUGACCAAAUGUUUGUUAGCAGAGUUUGUGCUUGUUAUUUCUCCAUUGUAUACAGUGAAGCUUAGAAAUAUUACUGCUAGAAACACAACAGCCACUGGAAUUCAGCUAGCUUGAAAAUGCCAUAGUCAUUUAAUUUUAAGACCUAAUUGAAAAUUGUACUUUGGGCUGUAAUAAUUUUGUCUGUCCUAAUGCUUUCAACUUAUGGUAAUUAUAAACAGUACUUUAAAAAAACUAUGGUGUAUUUCAGUUGAUUUGCUGAUUGACACUGUGUUUGUACCAGAUAUAAAAUUGUUAGUGUAGUAAAAAAAUAUAAUAGGAUAUGCUCUUUACCUACUGAGUAUAUCUGGUAUAUUUGAAUAUUUUGCCAGGUGAUUACUGUAAAGGCCAACUUUAAAUAGUGUUGUUUUCAUAUAAGAACACAAAAAAACUACAUUGGGGGAAAUGUUGGAU